CAAUGAAAAUGGCACGAUACCAAUCAUCCUUUCCCCUCUAUAGGAAACACCAUCAUUGCUCCCAACAAUCCUUUUCAACCUUAGAAAUUUGAGCUUCUAAGAUAUAUUCCUUUUAAUUUCUUUUUCACAUCUUCAUCAUUUUCAUAUUUCAUGAAUUCAUCUCCAUUUAUAUAAAUCCCUUCUUUUCAUAGCCUUUUUUUCUCCACCCCCCCCCCCAGUUUCAAUGGAUCCAUCUUCCACGAGCUCUGUGAAUGGAUUCUACACUUCCCUUACUCGUGGGUUAGAUGAUCUUGAAAGGGUGUAUCUCUCUAAUAACUUCAUGUCAAUCCAAUUUCUUCAGAGGGUUCUUUGCCUUCUCAGAUCUUUCCAUUCCCAGUUGCUCAUCCUUGUUCAAAAACUACAUCUUCCUGUUGGUGAUAAGUGGCUUGAUGAAUACAUGGAUGAAAGUUCCAAGCUUUGGGAUGCUUGUCAUGUUCUUAAAUCAGGCAUAUCCGGCAUGGAAACUUAUUAUUCUUCUGGGUUUAACAUCAUUUCUUCUCUUGAUAAUCAUCGACAUCUUAGUCCCCAGCUUUCCAGACAGGUAAUCAGAGCAAUUUCAAGAUGCCGGAGAGAAGCCAUGGGAUUAGAAGAAGAAAACAGGGGGUUCAUGGAAACAAGAAUCCAACCACUUUCAUUAAAGUUGGAAGAGAAAGUUACAAUGGAAUCAAAGUUGAAUGGAUUCAAUGGCUUCCGAGGAGUUUUAUAUGCAAUGAGGAAUGUAAGUUCAUUGCUACUAAUGAUGUUACUAUAUGGGGGGGUUCAUUGUUGGCCAGAAUCAAGUAUGGUAAGAGGGGGAAACGAAGGGUGUGUGUGUUUUGGAUCAACAUUCAUGAUAUCAACAGCAAGAUUGCAACAAAGAGUAGCAGAAGAGAUAAACGGGAUGAAUGGGAAAGCAGGGAUAUUGUUGUAUGAGUUUAGGAGGUCAAAGAUGGCAAUGGAAGAGGUGAGAGGGGAGCUGGAGAGGAGAGGAGGAGGAGGAGGGGUGGUGGAGUGGGAAACAGAGGUGGGGUUGAGGGAAAAAGUAGACAACAUGAGAGGGUGUUUUGGGAUAUUGAGAUCUGGGGUUGAAAAUAUUGUUGGACAGAUUGAUGAUUUCUUUGAUGAGAUUGUUGAAGGGAGGAAGAAGCUUUUGGACUUGUGCAGUCACAGGUAAGAGAUUUGGGUAAAAAAUGUGAAGGGAAUCAGUUGUUGUUUCUUUUAACCCUUCUCUUCCUUCUAAUUUUUAUUUUUAUUUUAUUGCUUCUACCAUGGAGAUAGUAGUUUGUUUUUUCUCUUCAUAUGGAUGCUGGGGAGCGAAACAGAUUGAUUUGGGCUUCAAAAAUCUUGAAGAAUCCCCCAAAAAGAGGAAUUUUUCAUGCAGGGCUUUCUCUAAUGUUGUUUUUAGUUCUUACCCUAGAAAAAAAGGACAGAAGUUUCUGCUAUCUUGAAUUAAGAAAUAAUAAAGUGAAGGAGAAUAUUAGGGCUACUUUAAUUUAA